GGUGGAGACGUAUUAGUACAGGACAGGAGUAGAGGAGGGAGGAGCGACUGGAAACACCGCCGGAGAAAUUAGGCUAUAACAAAGAACAUAAAAGGAUAUUGUCAAGAAAGUGAUAACGUAAGGUUUUAUUAUCAUUUAUUUAGAAAAACUGAAACAUUCGGUGUAACAGCAGUUAUAAAACUCUGGACAAGAUGUUCUUUCAUUUUGCCUAGAACAACUAAUCCGACAAAACAUAACCCAGAACAAUUAUUCGAUUUGCACAAUUUGAGUUGGAGAAAAGUUUCAGGAAAGGUCUACAAUGGCGAAAUCUAAGAACUUUGGAAUCGACGCGCUGUUGGCGCACGAGGCGCACCGGAUGGACCGGGACAGUUCCCCGGGACUGUGUUCUGAGGACAGCCCUGUCUUUUGCCACCGAUCGGAGACACCAUCCCCACAGAGGACCCACAACGGUAUCCACACUCAGACCGGAAUUGUCCCCAAACCGGGUCUACUGAACUUCUCCCACCCGGGACUCACCCAGCUGUCUCAGGGGGGCAUCCCUGGAAUGUAUCCCGCCCACAUGUACCGCAUCGCGGCCCUGGGGGGGCAGCACCCUGCCUUUACCUACCCCGGCUUUGCGCAACCUGCCCAGCAGUACCCAGAGCACCUAAAGGUGGUAGCUAUGGCUGGGUUCCCGCUAGAACACUGGAUUAGAGCCGGAAUGAUGAUGCCAAGACUCGGGGACUAUGGUGGUAAGUAGCCUGGAGGGGUCCCAUUUAUAUUUAUUUGAAUAAUAUAAUUAAAAUAAGUAGCUCUGUCACUGUUCAUAUUAGAAGUUAUUGUGUGUUAAUAAAGUAGUUGUAAAUAAUGUAUUAAGACAAUAUGUUGUCUAAUGCUGAAGCCAAAUUAAUGUAUUGGUGCUGCAUUAUUUCGGUAAAGCUUUUCAUUGAAUAAAUUGCCCCUUUAUUGAAUUAUUUGGACUUUAUAAUUUCAUUGAACAGUGUGUGAAUUUACUACAUUGUGCGAUAAUGUAAAAUAAAAUAUUCGUUCCGUGUCUUAGAUCUUGCUCUUUUCUUCGGAAUUAUUCAAACUGAUGGACUUCGUUUGAAUAAUUUACAAAAAUAAGUAAUAAUUGAUCUGCAUCUUUCAGGUGAUGUGACGAGUGUCAUUGGACCUGCAGCCUAUUUACUCCUGAACCAUAACGAUGUCUAUUCUUUAGUCAUUAAACUUAGUCAUAAAUAACAUUUUAAUGAAUAGGCCAUAGCCAUGUGAGAUAAUUAAACAAUUUAACAAUAAAGAAACACCUGAAGCAAUAGGUCCACUUCAUCACUAAAGUCCCCGUAACAUUUAUUGCAUUUUCAUUAAUACAACGGCACUCUGUUGAGUUUUAUAGCCCUGCUAAAGCAAUAUCUCCCUGGACUCACGUCAACUGCAAACUAAAGUCCAAUAAAACUGUUAUCAUCAUGGCAGCUUUUAAAGUUGACAGUGUUUCUGUCUCAGUUCCAUCCUCCUCCCUUACAGAACAGCUACAUGAACUUCACAUGUCCAAGAAAAUGUAAAAUAACCCACAUAAGUACACAUAUAAAUAAAACAUUUUAGGCUGGGUUUUAGGCCGGUGUCUGUAAAACGUUCUGUGCCAACUGCUGAUGUGUAAAAAGGGCUAUAUGAAAUACAUUUGAUUGAUUGAAUUGUAUUGAUAUAAAGAAGAAUGUGAUAACACGUCAAAUGAAAUAUGUCAACGUAUUAUUCAGAAUAAAACAAAUGAUUAUUAUUAUUAACAUGUGAUAAUAACCUCUCUCUCUCUCUUGGUCUCCCCUCCAGCCUCUCCUCAUGCUGAUCUGACGGGGAAGUGUCGUAGGCCCAGAACAGCCUUCACCAGCCAACAACUACUACAGCUGGAGAACCAGUUCAAAUUCAACAAAUACCUGUCCAGACCCAAACGCUUUGAGGUGGCCACGUCUCUCAUGCUCACGGAGACACAGGUGAGCGAGAUGAUCUCUGAACUGAUUUUCAAUCCUUUUGUGCAAUCGUCUGCCAUUUUUAUCAGUUUGUGUCAGGGGGACCAUAGAAAAUAAAUAUCGCUCCAGAUUUAGCUACAAAGCUCAUUUCCAUCUGCAGUCACAUAGAGGUCCUACACUUUAGACUCACUAAAAUGAGCCGCAGGUUGUUUGACUGACACGCUAAUACUUGUGUGACCAUUGUGUGAGUGACUUUUAUGUUCUUUUCUGACCUUGUGUUCCGGGGUUCCGUUCAGGUGAAGAUCUGGUUCCAGAACCGGCGUAUGAAGUGGAAGAGGAGCCGCAAGGCCAAGGAGCAGGCAGCCGAUGUCCAGAGGGAGUACAGCUGCCCACACGGGGGGGAGAACAGCUCCGAGACUGGGUCUGGAGACACCCGCAACUCUGCUACCCUGGACAAUGAGGAGGAUCUGGAAGCAGAGGAGGAAGAUGCGUUAAUUUCUGGGACCUUAGCAGCUGGAGUGGGUUUAGUGUCUCGCCCCACAGAUUUCCUGAGGCACACUGCUACGGAUCUCAGCUAUAGUUCUCAUGGUUCCUACUCAGAAGAUGAACUAGAGGAGAGUGGACCUGGGCUGGAGAGGAGGGUUGGAAUGGGGUUAUGA